AUGGAUUUGGGAUAUGUGGGGAUUUGAAGAUGUUUGAGCUUUUUGAAUUCUCGAGGAAACAUUGAUCAGUGAUUAGGUUUCCGGCCGAGGAGACAUGGGGCGGGCGACGCGGUGGCUGUGGAAUCUCGUGGGGGGCAGCAAAGUGAAGAAGAAAGAGCAGGAUCACUGCUCCAGUUACGGUGGAGAGGAGCCGGCGGAGAAGAAAAGGUGGAGCUUUUGGAAGUCUCGUGAGUCCGGCGCCACCGAGGUGUCGCUGGGAGGUAACGCGGCCACCGCCGCUGCGAUCGAAGCGGCCUGGUUCAAGUCGUUCCACUCAGUCAGCGAAAGGAAGCAGAGCAAGCACUCCAUUGCCGUCGCAGAAGCUGCUACCGCCGUGGCUACGGAGGCUGCGGCGGUGGCAGUGCAGGCUGCCGCCGUGGCGAUGCGUCUCUCCGUCCGGCAGAGAGGAAGCGGCGUGGAGCGGCGGGCGGCCGUGAAAAUCCAAUCGGCGUUCAGAGGCUACUUGGCAAGGAAAGCACGCCGCGCUUUGAAAUCGUUGGUGAAACUGCAAGCUCUCAUCAGAGGCUAUCUCGUCCGUAAGCAAGCAGCUUCAGCUCUUCGCAGAAUGCAAUCUCUCCUCCGAGCUCAGGCCACCGUGCGAGCUCACAGAGCUCGCAACCUUCUCUUUGGAGACGAAACCUUUCGACUAAUUGAAGUCCGUCCUCGGAGAUCCUUCGAAAGGUGCCCCGAUACCAGAAGCGAGCAGUUGCAUGCAGUCCAAAGCCAGAUCAGGUAUUUUGAGAGAUCAAGCCCUAAGAUCAUAGAGAUCGACACGUGCCGGCCAAAGACUCGAGCUCCUUCCUCACCCAUUCCUACCCCAAUCUCUUUUCCCGACCGUCGCCACUUCCCGGAGAACGACGAUUGGUGGAUAGCCGACGGCGUGAAGUGCAGGGCGCUGGCGACGUCUAGGUGUGUUAGGGGUUCAUCCCGGAGUGGGGCAGCAACGCCGGCGAGGAGCCUGAGCGGAGCGUGCUCGCCCAAUUACAUGGCCGACACGCACUCCUUCAAGGCCAAAUCGAGGUCGUCGUCGUUGUCUUCUCAGACCAAACACUCUGCGGAUGCAAGGCGGCGGCAGCCACUCGAUGAGUUAAAUGGAGGUAGAUUGCAGUUUCUAGCUCAGGAUGCUUUGAACUCCAAGCGAGCAUCGGAGAGGGAAGUUUACUUGCGGAGAGUGUGGUAAUUAAAAUUAAGAGCAGUAUGGAGAGUUCUUCUUCUCCUUGU